AUGGGUCUGUGUACACACCCAAGUGAAGCUUGUACAACAAUAUUUGGUAAAGAGCUGGAUCCAGCUUUUGGAAGAGGGUGGUUGCGAGGUGAAAGUUUUGGAAAUUUAGUCAACUUUGUUCCACAGAAACUUAUAGGAAGCUUCCUCAUUAGACAGCUUUGUAGAAAGCUAAAAGCCAGGGGUAAAGAUAUGAUUCUGUAG